AUGAUGGAUAGUUUGUAUUCCUUAUUCUCAUAGAUUCUAUUGAUUACAGCAUCUGUUAUUUUAUUGUUCUCUAUGACAUUUGCGUUUCGAAAGAUCAUGAAAGAUGUGAAUGAUAUUUUAGACUCAACCGAUAAGCUUGUCUUCUUUAUUGCAGCAUUUCAAUAGUUGUUGUUAUUGGCAUUCUUAAUUAAAUAGUAUACACUAUUCCUAAGUGGAUUGCGCAUCCUCAGAAUGCUUUAAGAUUUAAUGCUCUUGAAUUGUUUAAUCAAAUUAGAUAGUGACAAUGAGCAAUGCUUAAAAAUCGUCGAUAAGAUAUCCAAGCUACUUUCACUGAUUCUUCUUUUUAUCUCCGGCUUGAUUGUGUUCCUAGAAGGUUUGAAAUCACACUUUUAAUGUGAUCAAUAAAUCUGGAUGCUACUUUCAGGAUUGCUUCUGUUAACAAACAUCAUUUAAUUAUAUUUCGGACUAAAGAUACUGAUUUAGAUUUAUAAAUACUGUCAAGAUUCAAGCAAUCAACAUAUGUUCGAUGGUUUGCAUAAAAUAAUGAUGGACGAAUUAUAAAAUAGGAAGGUUUAAGUAAUAGUCUUUCUCCUUUGCUGUAUUAAUUCAUCUGUUGUUAUGCUACUAUAUGAUUAUGCUAUGUUUGAUCAACUCAACCCUACAUUCUGUCUUCAAAAGACCACAAUUUCUGAAAUUCUUACUUAUAUUGCUGUCAUUAUUGUCUCAUACUAAUUACCUUGUUUAGGAAUAUACUACGUGUUUUAUCAUAAGAAUAAAAAGUAUUUGAAUAAUCACAAUUGGGAAAUACAAAGAAACAUCGUCAAUUUCUAUGACGAAAGAAGUGAAAUAGAAUUGGGAGAUUAUUAAAACCCAUAAUGA